CUCCUUCCAAGAUUUUGCCAGAAAUAUUGGCUUAGGCUGAUCUGGCUCCUGAUGCUUUCAUGAGGUUCGUACUGACUCACAAGUUGUUCGGCAGGAACUUUUGAAGAGCACGGACAUUGAUUUCAAUGCCAUGCUUCAUGUAAGUUGUGCGAUGAGUACGACUCGUGAAUUGAGUGAAAUGAAGGCUAUGUUGAUACGGGUGGACAGUUGUGAGAGUACAGAGACUGUGAAUAUGGGAAGUUCUUCUCCACUCCUUUGAAUAGUUGUGAAGAGUGUGGAGAUAGCUGAAGGACUUUGUGAGCGUACCAAAGUCAUUGCUUUGGAUGUUCUUUGGAUGAGAUUUUGAAUUUGAGAGAUAUGACUUGAGUUGACCAGUGUGAUCCAGAGUCACAGAUUAUGAUCAAUGAUACCCAGCUGCAGUCAAUUCCGAUUUGAAGAGAUUUUGAGUAUUAUGUAAAUGCAAAUAGUCAGAGUCCUGUUGAGCUUGGAACUGAGCAGCAUCCUUAUAAGGAUAUUCAGUCUGCUUUCACUGAGAUCAUGAACUUUCACAGUCAUUCAGAGAGAAAUGUGACUGUGUAUGUUUUAGAGGAAACAACAGUAUUUGCAUCAAGCCCCACUUAUUUUGUAAACAUGACCCAUGUUCAAAUGGAAGCCUACAACGAUGGUUCUAGCAUUAGAAGACUUGCAAGAAUGGUAGGAGUUAUAGAAAAAUCUAAAAUUAUAUCCCCUGCCAUGCCUACAAAAUUCAGAAUUCUUGAGAAUCAUACAUUACUUCACAACAAAAUGCUUUUUGAUAAUCCAGGAUUUGACAGUGACGACAAAGCUCAGCUACUAAUUGAGAAUGCUGUGUUCAAACCAUUUCAUGCUGGGCUUCUAAUAAAACAUUUUAGACUGACAACUCAGUAUGAUGAUCCGGGGACUGCCCAUGCUAUAUUGGAGCCAUACAGAGCUGACACCCGUGUAGUAGGAAUGAUGGAUUGAGAUCUUAGAAUUCAGGGUACCAUCUUGAGAGCCAUUACAAUAGUGUUCAACUGGCAUAUGGAAAACAUUAUAUUUGAAACUCAGCAUUUGUAUAGGCUAAGUUUGACAAGAUUGAGAUGUGCAGCAGAUGGCACAGAUAUGGGAACCAGAGUUUAUUUUAAAAAUGUUACAUCUAUAAACUCUGGAGGGAAGGCUCCAUACUUGCACAAUCAGCAAUCUCUCACUCGAAAUUAUUUGGCUAAUAAUGCACACUUCGAAGACUGAAAUUUCGAUACUUAUCUAGGUUUUGAUAUUGAAAUUAUUCAAUUCAUCCUCUAUGUAUACCCUUUAAAUUGUGGAGAACAACCUCACAAGAUGUGGAAUUUUACUAAUUUCCAUCUCAAGACUUCGAGAAAUGAGCCUGGUAAAAACAGUAAUUUUUCACAGACUAAUGAUAUUGCUUUUUGCAGACUCCCGGACCCACAAAGAGAUUUGACAGUCUAUGUUAAUAAUUUUACUGUAGAGAAUGACUAUAAUAAUAAAUUUGGUCAUUUAAUUGCUUGGUAUGCAUACAAUACUACAUUCUAUAUUAAUGGAGCAAAUUUCUAUAAUUCUUCAGGAUGGAUGAUAAAUAUCAUUGCUUCUAAAAAUGUUACUAUCAACGAUGUUCUUUUCGAGAAUGUUGAUUUAGAUUCACCAAAUUUAUCUUAUGUAUUAGCGAAGAACAAGGCUACGUUUGAUGGAGUUGUUCUCAGAAAUGUUACGGAUACUAAAGUCUACUCCAACCCUCUAUUUCAGAAUGUAAUAACUGGUGACGCAGAAGUUGCUUUCGCUAAUUCUGAGUUUAUAAACACCACAAUUCUUGAUAGAAGAGCUGUGUUUUAUGCCUCUGCUUCUUCUAAAAGCACUUUCCUUGUUGAGAACAUCCUGACUCAGAAUCUUUUAUUAUACGGAGAUACUGCUUUGAUUGGAUAUGGUGUCUUCAAGGAAAUCAAUUUUACCAAUAUUUACGCUUACCGAACUUACUCUUAUGAUGGAGGGUCCAACUUCUUGAUCAAUAGCGACUACAGUUCGGAAGGGCUAGCUCCAGACAACGUCCAGAUAUUUAAAGAUAUUGUGGUUGAGCAAUCCUCAGUAUCAGUGAUCUCCGUGACAAAGCCUGAUGCUUUUGUCAAUGCCACUCAGUCAUUGUCUAUAUCCAAUGUAACUUACAAGGACUCUUCUCUAAUUUAUGAAAUUGAUUUGAUAUGGAUAUACAAGAUGGCAACAGUGGGAUCUUAUUCUAUAGAAAUGAAUCAGAUUACUUUUAAAAAUCUGACAUUUCAACUUGUAUCUAGACUGAUGCAUUUACAACAGCAAUUAAAAUCUCAAAUCACGAUUACUAACUUGACAGUAACUAAUGUUGUGCAUGCUGGAAUAACUGUGCAGGCUUUUGAGUCAAAUGAUUUUUAUAAUAAAACUCAUGUCAAGUUUGUCAACAUGAAGGCUACUAACUUUGAUGGUCGUUCAAGGUCUCUCAUCAACAUUUACAGAGGUGCUGAUAUUGAGAUUGUGAAUUCAGAGUUUUCUUUUAUUGGAAACUAUGAUAAGGGAUCUGUUCUCUCAGCUGGAAAAGAGCGAGCCAUAGCAACUCUAAGGAACUGCACAUUCUUCAACAACACUUCAAUUGAGGGAGGGGUGUUUGAAACUCAGGCAGAAAGUAAUGUUAAAUGCUACAAUUGAACCUUCUACAACAACUUUGCAAUCGCAGGUGGAGUUGUCAAAAUUAAUGGAGAUGGUUCAUUUGAAUUCUAUAAUGCAACUAUCUACAAUAAUGUUGCAAUGAAUGGAGCUAUCACUGAAUUAUUCUCAUCUCAACAGCAGAGCAUUGUUGAUAGUUCCAAUAUUACAAUGAAUUAUGGAGUAUCAAGAGAACAAGUGUUGAAUGAAAUAAUUCAGCAAACCUACAUUUUUGAGAGUUUCAGAGAUUAUAUAACAACUCAUAUUUACAUUCUUGAUGACAAUCCCACUCAGAUUAACUUCAAGAUAAUAAUGGGGAUAUUCCUCAUUUCAAACUGCCAUUUCACUGAUAUUCCUGGCCUAAUGCAUACAACAGGUUCAAGGUUGACUAUAAAUGAUUCAAUUUUCAAAAAUGUGAACUUCGAAGGUCACUUCUUUGGGAUCAGUGAGUCAGACAUCUCAAUGACGAACAACACAUUCACUAACAUCACCUGCACAAGCAAUGAAAUCUUUCAUUUCGUGAAUGCUUAUUUUGAGGUUGACACUUUGACAUAUACGAACAGUAAUUGUAGAUUUAUCAACUCUGGUCUGUCCCAACUCAAUUUAAAAAAUGUUGACAUAUACAAUCUCACCCUGAGCUUAUCGCUCAUGUCUAUAUUCAGCUCCUUCGCAACAGCUCGGAAUAAUGAAGGGACUUUGGUUCCAACUUCAAUGAUAUCUUGAUCUUUUAAGGACAUUAAUGUUACAAGCACAGAAUUGAUAAUUGUCAAAAAUUCUAAUAUUUCUGACAUAAACCAUACAGAAUUCACUCAGAUUGUCACCCAAGGUGUUGAGAGCCAAGUUAUGAAAAUAGUCAAUUCAGAGAUAACUCAUUUCACAAACGUUACUUUGCGCAGGAAUAAAAGAUGUCUGUAUGCGGCUAAGUCAACCAUAAGGAGCAUUCACAGUUCAAGGUUUGAGGAAUGCGGAGAGGCUGAUACUUUGGCUGGGGGAGCACUUAAGUUGGUGGAUAGUGACUCAGUCGUCUUCAAUUCUAGCUUUAGCUAUAAUAGUGCGAAAGUGGGAGCUAGUGUUAGUGUUGAGUGUAAUUUUGCAAGGGUUUGUAGGAAUGUGUUUAAGGAGCUUGUGAUACAGCAUAAUGUUGCAGCUGAAAUGGGAGGAGGGAUAUACUAUGACUUGUACAGACCAGAAACUGAUAGAAUUGAGUACUUUAAUAAUAGUGCCCAAUAUGGACCUGAUAUAGCAAGUUAUCCUGUAAGGAUUGUCCAGUCUUCUACUACAAAUAAUAAAGUGUAUUUGGAUGAUAUUCCGAGUGGUCUGAAAUAUGAGACACCUCUGAGCUUUGAUCUUGUAGACUUUGAUGGGCAGGUAAUGAAUCUCAUCAAUUCAGUUAACAUAAAAAUACUUACAAAUGAUUCAAACCUCUCUGUAAGAGGAUCAGAUUUUGCAGUAACGAAGAAUGGCACAGCAACAUUUGAUAACCUAAUUUUUAUUGGUGAGACUGGAAUGAAGAACAAAACCUUCAGACUCACAUCAGUGAAACUAGAUCAACAGAUUAUUAAUCAAGUACUUGACAACUCUGAUAAGAAAUAUACAAACUUUAUAGAUAUUUCAUUUAGGUACUGAAAACCUGGGGAAAUAGAAACUACUUUGAAGCAAUGAGACCCUUGAGAGUUUAGAACUUACACUUUUGAAUGGAACUCUACAGAGUGCCUUCCUUGAAUGGAUUAUGCCACUUGAAUGGGAGAAACUCACAUCGAUGUUGAUGAGGGUUACUGGAGAAAAUCUGCCAAUUCGUCUCUUAUUAUUGAAUGACUUAAUAGAGAUGCUUGACUUGGAAAUUUUCAUCCUGAAAAUGAAGGGAGUCCAACUCAGUGCAAGUCAGGCUAUCGCGGCUAUCUCUGUACUCAGUGAGAUAUUGUUGAUAAUAUAAAAUAUCAGCCAUUAGCAGAUUUUCAGUGUAGCAAAUGCCCUAGUCCUGCUCUAAAUAUGUUCAGGAUUAUUUUUGUUGCAACAUUUGCAUUCUUAUUUUUAUUACUCUUGAUUUACAUAAAUUUGAGAAAAACUAAGGAAAGCAGGAUGUCAAUUCUUCUUCGUAUCUUGACUAAUUAUAUCCAUUUAAUAACUGUGUCUCUGUCAUUUAAUGUCAGGAUUCCUACUAAUUUCACAUCAAUGUUCUCAUUCAUGAACAGGAUUUCAUCUCCAAACGAAACAUUCUUCUCCUUCGAUUGUUUUGUCAAUGACUAUGAGAUAAAACUGUAUGCUCCAUCUAACAACUUGUUCAAGACAUCUCUAUUUAUUUUCCUCCCUGUUAUUCUGAUCUCUGCGAUUACUGCAUUAUUUGGCUGUAUAAAACUUGUUCAUUUUAUCAUAUUCCUGGUCAAAAGAGACUGAUUUGGCAAAGGAGUUAUCAGAACUAAUUUAUUCAAUUUUAAGAGAUCUCUUGUUGUCUCAAUGAUAUGUAUUGUUUUCUUGUUCCAUCCUGCUUUUACAGUCAAAUCACUAUCGAUGCUCUUAUGCACUAGAAUUGAUGAAAAUGAUUCAAGAAUGACUUAUCACAUGGAAUACACUUGUUAUUCAUGGAAUCAUAUCAAAUGGGUUUUGGUGAUUUCAGUCCCCCUCCUGGUUAUUUGGGUAAUUGGAUUGCCUAUGGUCGCUCUCUGGAUUCUCAUCAAAUACAGGCACAAACUCGAUCGACCUGAAAUGCAAAGCUAUUUUCUCAUCCUCUAUCAAGGUUUCCGACAGAAAACUUUCUAUUGGGAAUUUGUAAACUCAUUCAAAAAGUUUGCUAUCUUGGCAAUAAUUGCCUUCCUCAACACUUUCCCUGCUGCUUAUAAGAUAUUUGUGUCGGUAAUAUCCCUCCUAAUCUUCUACCGAUUCCAAUCAAAUAUGAAGCCAUUCAAGUAUGAUCCUUACAACAGACUAGACUUGGUCUCAUUGACCGUUGCAAUAAUCACAAUAUUUUCUAGUAUAGUGUUUGUGCUUGGAUACAAAGGCAGCUUUAACUUACACAUGGUGGUUCUCUUGUUCAUAUUCGGAGCCAACCUAUAUUUCCUACUAAGGUGGCUGUACCUGGUUAUGAUACUUCUUAAGUGGAAGAACUCAUGGUAUUUGUGCCUGCUUAAGACUCUGAGGAUAGUUAUAGCAGAAAAAGUUUAUUAUGGGCUUGAAGAUGAGAACAGUGAACAUGGCAAUGUAUUUGGUAAGGAUAUGGGCAUGCAAGCCAAGAUCAAGAAGAGAAGAGUCUUGGUUAGUAAGAAGAAUAAAAUGAGAAAGAAAGCUUUUAAAAAGAGGAAAAAGAAGACAGUUAAUAGACGUUAUAAGCAUCCAGUUCAUGGCAAGUUUUUUCAAUUACUUUUGUAGAAGAAAGUGUUAAUAUCGAUAGUCCCAAACUAGAGUUAAGCAAUCAGGAUAUUGAUGACUUUUUCAAAAUCAGUUCUUUCAGACAGAAGAAAGAAAAUCCAAACAUCAAUGUUAUUGAACCUCCAAAUACAGGCUCCAGGUUUAUAAAGCCUGUUGUCUGGGAAGAAUAAAUAGACUCUCCCCAACAGCUGAUAUUAAAUUGCCUGA